AUGGUCAGAGACAGACUAUCUGAGUACCUAGAAAACAAGCGAGUCUUCGCCGACUCGAUGUACGGCUUCAGGCCAAAUAAAUCGGCUCAGGACAUCCUGCUGCAGCUCAGCAGGGAGGUACUAAACCCGAUCGAACAUCCGAACGGAGAUAAGAUAGUGCUGGCCCUAGAUCUGAAGGGAGCCUUCGAUAAUGUGACACACGAGGCGAUCCUCACACACCUAUCAGAGACGGGAUGCGGCAGGAACGCUUUCGAGUAUAUAAAACGCUUCCUCACGGACAGACAGGCCUACGUGAGGAUCCAGAACGCGGAACACGGCCCCUUUCUAUUAGGCACGAGAGGGACGCCACAGGGAGCGGUGCUAUCCCCCUUGCUUUUCAACUUGGCAAUGAAGAACCUGCCGGUCCACUUGGAGAAAGUCCCGGGUGUGCAACACGCGCUGUACGCGGACGACAUCUCCAUUUGGGCCACGCAGGGCUCUCUCGGUGAAAUGGAGGCCAGCCUGCAGGAGGCGGCCAACGCGGCGAACGAGUACGCGAAAAGAUGUGGCCUUCAUUGCUCCCCUCAAAAAUCCGAAUUCGUGCACAUUCGCCCCAACAAAAAAUGCACAAACAAGAUAGAAUUGAGACUUGGAUCGGCACCGAUACCCGAAAGAAAAGAAAUUAGAGUCCUAGGUCUUUUCAUCCACCAGCGUCGGCUGGCGACAACCACGCUCGACAAACUAAAGAAGGUGGGAGAUCAGGUGGGCCGAAUGGUCCGCAGAGUCUCGAACAAGAAAGGGGGACUGCGAAGCAAAGACGCCUUGCGGCUGGCCAAUGCCUUUGUAACAAGCAGAAUCCUGUACUCGACCCCCUAUCUCCGCCUCAACAAACACGACCAGAACAUCAUCGAGGUGAUAAUACGCAAAAUGGCGAAGAAGGCCCUCGACCUCCCGAUAACCACGUCUAACCUGAGACUCCAAGGUCUGGGUAUGACGAACUCCUUCGAUGAACUUAGAGAAGCCCACCUCACAGGUCAAUACACGCGAUUAUCGCAGACGUCGUCAGGACGCCGCCUUUUGACCCGUCUGCACAUAGAACACACGACUCUAACCGAGGAGAGAGUAAGACUCUCUCAGGAAUGGCGUUACGCCCUGCACGUAAGACCACUCCCAAUUAAGAUGUCCAGGGACGACCACGAGGGUAGACGCAGGGCCAGGGCAGAGGCCUUAGCUCACCACUACGGAAGGAAACCCGGGGUAUACUACGUGGACGCAUCCGGCCCGCACCAUGGCGGGUGGUACACGGCGGCAGUGAUCCACGAGUCCAAAACGGUGAACGGGCUCACCUUCAAAGCCCGAAGCGUCACUCAAGCAGAGGAAGUCGCCAUCGCUUUAGCGGCAACACACUCCGAUUCCAAGACAAUCAUAACCGACUCGCAAGGGGCGUGUCGGAACGUCCAACAGGGCUGGGUCCCGUACCUGGCCUACCGGCUACUGCAAAAUAGCUCGUACGUAGGAGGUCCAUCCCACCGCUUCAUAGUCUGGGCUCCGGCCCACUCGGGGCUAGGAGGAAACGAGGCAGCAGAUGCAGCCGCCCGCGCGCUCUCUAACCGGGCAACCUCGUCCCCCGCCUCCUCUGAAGAAGUAGCGGAAGCCACGCCGACCUACACUUACAAGGAAAUAACACAAUUAUACAAAGAUAGACAUAAACUGUACCCCCACCCGUGUAAAGGAUUAACGAGAGCGGAGGAACGCCUGUUCCUCCGCCUUGUCACGAACACCAUGAUGUGCCCGGCCUCGCUAAAGCACUUUGACCCUGCCUUCUCCGGGGAGUGCCCACACUGUGGGGAGAGGUCCUCGGACCUCUACCACAUGGUGUGGGCGUGCCCCUCCAACCCUGCUUUUACUCCACACCCAAACCCCACCCGGGAGGACUGGGAGGCGACCCUACUCGCCUGUUGCGACCUAAAAGCCCAAAAGGCGAUGGUCAAACGAGCUAUGGCGGCAGCGGAAGCCACUGGGGUCCCGUACUAG